AAAAAAACAACAAAGAAGUGUUUUGAGCUCACAAAUUUAUUAUUUAUAUGGGUUUUUGGUUCCCAAUGUCCAAAACAUAAAAACCAUUUUUCUUUUUGCAUAUUUUGCCGCCUUCUCCAUUAAAAUCUCUCCACCCUCCUUCUAGCUAAGCGUCUUCCUAAUCCAUGAUGAACCAGAAAGCAAAACCCAGUAGCCCAUUUUAACCAUAAAACACCAAAUACUGACACCAUGUACCUAAUCGCCCAAGUUUCUCAGCGUUUCCUUCUCUUUCUUCAACAGUUACAGAACUUUAAAAGAUCCAUCUUUGCUUUGCUUUAUUGCUUGCCCACUUCCCUGCUAGCUCUUACCCUGUUUCUCCUUUUGGCAUACAAUGGCUCCUCUGUGUUCUACAUUCGCCUUCCCGUUCCCGCCAAAUCAGAGCCGGAGCCUGCUAAUUUUUCACCGGAAAAUCUCGCGGGAAAAUCGCUGAAAAAGCUUUCUACUUCAGUGAUGUGUGCAGUAAAAGAAGAGAACCCACCAGUUAUUUUGAAGACCCACUUGCCCCUUUUGCCCAAACCAGCCAUUUCAAUGGUACCCAUUAACCAUUCUUCGGUUUUAAGGUCCAAGAAAGUGCACAAACACGAAGCUGUGAUCAAGGUUCUGCGUUAUGGAGCCAAAUCAAAGCGGUUUUCGGCAAGAAUAAGGACCUUCUUUGGCAGUUCUGUAUGUAAGGUUCGGUUCUUUAUGACUUGGAUUUCUUCUUUGAAGUCAUUUGGUGAUAGAGAGUUGUUUGCUAUAGAGAGUGUGUUCAAGUCUCACCCAAAUGCUUGUUUGGUUAUUGUUUCCAAUUCCAUGGAUUCUGAAACGGGGAGCUUUUUCUUAAGGCCAUUUUUGGAUAAAGGGUUCAAAGUUAUUGCAAUUAAGCCUGAUUUUGAUUAUAUAUUCAAGAAUACUCAUGCAGAGUCAUGGUUUAAUGAAUUAAGCAAAGGGAGUGUUGAUCCUGGAAAGGUUUCUUUUGGUCAAAACCUCUCAAAUUUGCUUAGGCUUGCUUUAUUGUAUAAAUUUGGUGGUACUUACUUAGACACUGAUGUUAUAGUGUUGAAGAGUUUUGAGAAAAUGAGAAAUGUUAUAGGAGCACAAAAUAUUGAUCUUGAAACUGGGAAUUGGAGCAGAUUGAAUAAUGCUUUGUUGAUUUUUGAUAAGAAUCAUCCUUUACUCUUCAAGUUCAUUCAAGAAUUUGCGCUCACAUUCAAUGGAAACAAGUGGGGUCAUAAUGGUCCUUAUCUAGUUUCCAGAGUUGUUUCAAGGGUAAGUGGUAGGCCUGGGAUUAAUUUCACAGUGUUGCCCCCAUCUGCAUUUUAUCCAGUGAAUUGGAACAGAAUUAGAAGUCUCUUUAAGGGCCCUGCAGAUAAGCUACAUUCAGAAUGGUUGCAUAGGAAGCUUGAGCAGAUAAGAAGGGAAAGUUUAGCUGUCCACCUUUGGAACAAGCAGAGUAGAAAGAUUAAAGUUGAAAAUGGAAGCAUCAUCAAUCAUAUAAUGCUGGAUUCCUGUAUCUUCUGUAAUUCUUCAAACUUGAAUCUGUUACAAUACAAUAAAAAAUGAAAACUGCAAAUUGCCCAUUUUAUGUUUCUGAAAUGCAUAUGUUUAUGGGCAAAUUUAGUCCACCCCUCCAAUAAAGUAUUGAAUAAAGAAAAGGGAGAAUCCUUUUCUUUGGCAGAUUGACCUUUUUAA